AGUGAGCACAUCUUGAGCAAGGAGGGGGUCUCUGCCUCGCCGAAGAGGCUACGUUAGAGCCACAUAAACACAUUUACAGAUGUGUCUCCAUGCGUUCUGACAGCCCGACUGAGCCACGACUGCCAUGCUGAAUGAAGACAGAGAAAUCAGGGGGAGAGACGAAGAACAACCACCAAGCAAAUUACCACAGCAUUACUGCAGGGUCUUGCCCAUAUCCCUCUCUCUCGGAUUGUGGGCUUGAGUGAGAGCACGUCUGACAGGGAAGACAGGAAAACAGGGGAGAUCUACCGGCAGAUUCAUCCCCAAGGCUCCUAAUUACAGCCCGUGUUUCCGCUUUGAUCCAGAAGCCACAGCACAAACAAAUACAGGGAUGCUCUGACCAAAAACAAAGAAGAGAAGAGGAGAAUAAGAAAUCAAGAGAGACUCACAAAGACAAAGAGUGAGAGAUGGAGGGAUUUUUAAUGAAUGAAGCAUGCAGCAGCAUGUGGUGGAAAUAACUGCAUUUACGUAAGCCGCCUGCCGAGGACGUGACGUGGUCUGGAUGCCAGCAGCUGCCUCUCAGAGCCCCUGACGUCCCAUGACAAUCUGAGAAACACAUCCUCAUCCUCCAUUUACACGCUCUUGACCCCCCGGUCCGCGAGGAUUAUUGAGUCUCGGGAUUACUGAAGUGUCCGCUUUAGCCACGGGAGAAAGGGCACGCUAUUACUUGAACUUUGGACCGCAGCAUGGGAUGCUCUGGGAGCCAACAGCAUGGUGGAUGACCUCCAGCAUGCGGCCGUCACAGUUGGACCUCACGCUCGUGGCCAUCCGUCGUUUGUAACUAAGGGUAAUGACCAGGCAUAGAACCAACCCUGGAGAUGCCGAAGAGAAGAGAUAUUCUUGCCAUCGUGUUGAUUGUGUUACCAUGGACCCUCCUCAUCACUGUGUGGCACCAAAGUGCAAUUGCCCCUCUGCUUGCCAUCCGAAAGGUCUGUCACCAUCUAGUAAAAGAGAUCUUAAUCAUACCAGAGCGUCUAACCAUCCACCGGCAACGGCUAGCAGAUGACGGGACAGAGACUAGGCACGACACUGGGCCAGCCACAGACUCAAAGGAAUAUUGCUCACAGGACAAGGACAUAGUGGAGGUGGUCCGUACAGAAUACGUGUACACAAGACCUCCGCCCUGGUCUGAUGUAUUGCCCACCAUCCACGUCAUCACUCCGACAUACAGCCGCCCCGUGCAGAAGGCCGAGCUAACACGAUUGGCUAACACCUUCCUCCACGUGCCCAACCUGCACUGGAUUCUGGUGGAGGACUCUCAGAGGAGAACUCCGCUAGUCACGAGGCUUCUGAGGGAAACGGGGCUGAACUACACGCACCUCAAUGUGGAGACCCCACGGAAUUACAAGCUGCGAGGGGACAUGAGAGAUCCCAGGAUUCCACGUGGCACCAUGCAGAGGAACCUGGCUCUGAGAUGGCUACGGGAGACCUUCAACUCCAACAGCAGCCAGGCAGGAAUCGUCUAUUUUGCAGAUGACGAUAAUACAUACAGCUUGGAGCUGUUUGAGGAGAUGCGAUCAACUCGUAAAGUAUCAGUGUGGCCUGUAGCGUUUGUUGGAGGUUUACGAUACGAGUCUCCAAAGGUCAAUGCAGCAGGAAAAGUGUAUGGGUGGAAAACAGUAUUCGACCCUCACCGGCCCUUUGCCAUCGACAUGGCAGGGUUUGCCAUCAACCUGCGACUCAUUCUGUUUAAGCCUCAGGCCUACUUCAAGUUACGAGGGGUGAAGGGAGGCUACCAGGAGAGCAGCCUUCUCAGAGAGCUGGUCACUCUCAAUGACCUGGAACCCAAAGCGGCCAACUGCACUAAGAUUCUUGUGUGGCACACACGGACGGAAAAACCUGUCCUGGUGAACGAAGGCAAGAAAGGCUUUACAGACCCAAACGUGGAGAUCUGACAUCUGCUUCGGUGUCGGGAUGCUUCCAGAAGGACCCAAAAGGGGAUGGCAGGGAGAUAUUACCUAAUACCACAUUUUUGAACAGUUUGGAUGCUUUUUCCUGUAAACCACAACUAAACAAGCUCAACAAUAUGGACCUAGUAUUCUAAAGCACAGAUUAGUCUUUUCUAAGGCAAUAUCGUCAGUAUUUUUCAAGAACAAAACCAGAGGGCACUAGACAGAAAGGAAAUUGUUAUGUAAAUUAAUGAGGGAACAUGUGAGAACUGAUAAAACUCCUCACUUCCAUGGUUUUAUAAACUCUGGAUGAAGAAGAGACACAAAAAAUGGUUACAACAGUCUCAAAGACUGACCAAGAGCGAACAGUCAUCCAUUUAUGAACGUUGAUGUUCCUUCACGUCUAACGGAUUGAUACUUAAAAACAUAAAGAAGGGAACGUCUUCUUUUUACAUAAUGUGUAUUUUAAGUUUAUGUUUUUGUCGUUUACAUUACUGUCUUGCUAGCACAGCACUACUGAUAUUUUGCCUUAGUUCAAAUUCAGGGUCACUUUGCAGUAUUAAACCAGUUCUAUCAUAUACCAAGGCUAGCUGCUAUACUGGAUUUAGUGAUUACAAAGUUGUAACACGGUUCUCAUGACUAAGACCUAAAUUAUAUGAAUAGCACUUGAAUUUGUUCCUGUGUGUCCAUUGUUCCUGUUAGGACAUGCGUUGUAAAUAUAAUUUAAAGAUGAACAAUCAGAGACUUUAAAAUAAAGUGGUCUAGCAUUCAACAGAACAAACAAUGUAACUACUGUAUUUGUACUUCAGUUUAAAGUAAGAAUCCGUAGUUUAACUAUUACAACAUCCAUAAAACUUCACACAUGUUCACAGUGGUUAUACCAAAGGAGACAGAGCUGAUGGGUAGGGUUUCACAAUGUUAGUAUUCAAUAUUAAUUGGGCUAGCCUCUGAGCGCAGCACAGAGCUCGCCUUAGUAAAUAUUCAGAUGUAUUUAUAUGUCAAACCGAAGCUUUGGGCUUUGCAGAGGGGACCUGUCAUGAAGACAUGUUGCUGUACUAAUGAAGCUAAUACUGAGACACCUGGAAAUCUAGAGUGAACAAAAUGUAUGCUUGCAUAAAGCAAAGCUAUUUUCUUAUAUCGUAAACUGAGUGAAUAUUCAAGGCACAUCACUGAAAUUGCAUGUGCAAAAAAUCUUAACCUGUGCUAAUAUUACGAUCUGGCCUGAUUAGCAUUAGACUACUAAAUUUGUGAAUCUCUUUAAGCCGCCUUUUCACUGCUUACGUCAGAUUAUAGACCCAAAUUUGUUCGCAAUGGUCCGAUCCUUUAUGGAUUCCAGUGUUGUGAAAAAUUAGGGUCUCCACUGGGACCUCAAGUGAUACCAUUGGCUUAAAGAACUUUUAAUGGGUACUCUCUUUAGCGCCGGAUUACAAUUACUACAAAAUCAUGUUAUAUGUCAUUUGAUGUCUGUUUUAGUUAGCCUACAGACUAGCAUAGCAAACAGAUUAAUUUGAUCCUUUUAUUAAAGGAUCAUUUUCAACCAGGUUUGCAUCAUUACAAUGUUGUAAUGAAGUAGUAUAUGUAUGGUUAAUAGCCAAAUGACACAUUUUGCUUCAUUUGACAGACAUUUCCAGACAAAUAAAUGGGGGUAUCUGGGUGCAGGUAACAUGGAGAAGGAGAACAAAUCAUGUUCACUUACAUAUACUAACAACAUUGUAACAAUAUAAAGCUGGUUGAAAAUUGCGUAAGUUGAAUGAAUGUAAACUAUCGAUAAUUUUAAAAAACUCUCCUAAAUACCUGCUGCUUCUGUAGAACAGGCGUUAAUAAUAAAUAAACAUAAUUAUUUACACUGUUUCUAUUCUCCAAAAUUAGUCUUAUUACUGCAUGUUUUCAGCUAUUCAUUAACCGUAGGGUAAAUUCUUGUGUUGUGACGCUCCUUUACUGGAGACGUGAACAGAAACAUGGUAGCUUCACAAACAAGUGCACAGUUUAUUUCAGCUGCCAAUAGGGGG